AUGGCCUCCUUCUUCCGGCGCGUCAUACCCGCGCGCAUCCCCAAUACUGGCUCUCAACAGCGUGACCACCACGCCAACGAGCGCACGUUUCUCUCGUGGACCCGUGCCGGCCUGGGCUUCGCGGCCAUGGCGCUGGCCCUCGAUCGUCUCGAUGCAAUUGACCGCGUGCUCUCGAUCAAACUGGGCCUUGGGGCGCUGGCGCACCACCCAAGUGACGAGCAGCCCGGGCGCUCGCAAUCACAGGCCCAGCCACAGCCGCAAGUAGAACAGUCACAACCCCAGGCAGGCACCAGGGCGACCCCGACGCAGAGGAUGAACCCGACAGUGCUUGCCGGGGGCUUUUCAGCGGCCCGACUCUGCCAGGUGCUCGGGCUGUGGUCCCUAGGCUACGGGUUCUUCCGGUAUUGGUCCAUGAGACGGUAUUUGUUGCAGGGUCAAUUUGUGCCUGCAUUCUGGGGGCCCGUUCUGAUGACGGCGGGGAGUUUUGGAGCAUUCAUUACAUUGGGGUUGCAGAUGGACCGGCGACAUUCGCAUGCUUCGUGA